AUGCAUCAGAAAAUCCACACGCCUCCAAUUCUUCGCCAAUACGUAAACAACAUAUAUGUUAUGCUUGCAAAAAAAGCUUUCCAAGCAAAAACAGUCUUAGGUAAAUCUCAGUGGAAUCAACUCGCUAAACAUAAGCAGAUACAUGGCGAGCGUUCGCAUAUAUGCGGAGAUUGUAACGCGAAAUUUCAUACAAAAAAAGAUCUUACUCGGCAUCGCGAUACGGUUCACGGAGAGAACUCUGCGAGUUACGUCUGCCCGGUAGCGGAAUGUCCCAGGUCAAACCCAAAAAGAGCAUUUUCCCGCAGAGACAACCUUCGCCAGCAUAUUUUACAACUUCACGACAAAAAAUUCUUAGAUGAGAUUAGAAAUCCAAACGGAGGGUUUUCCCAAACGGACAAAAAUCCCUCGAGGAGUCCCGAGGGUGAAUCAAGCCCCUUUUCAGACGAUCUUUCGAUACAUCCGACGUCCAUCGAUGAGACUAUCGAGGAUGCGCAAGGCGAACGAGUUGAACUUAGAACACCAGUACAAAUAGCGACUGGACAAGACGAUAUUGAUAAUGACGAAGACUCGAUGGUGGUCGAACAAAAGGGAAAAAGCCGGGCUAUCGAACAUAACAACCAACAACUCGAACUACCUCAAGAAAAAUCAUACCCACCUCAGGAAGAAUCUCGAGACGUUGUUAUGUUGACCCCAAAAAUCCCGGCGCAUGAGUUGGAAAAUGUGCCUGAAAUGCAGGAGCCGCUCCCGGAGUUAAAAAUUCAGCCUGUUAACUCGUCAAAUAUGCAUGAAUUCGUGAAGAAUAACGGGACAAAUCAGUCUCGGGGUCAUGACGUCGAUGAGGAAUGGGUCCUGAGAUUUCUCGAGGAUCUAAAAACAGACGAGCUCGAAGUUGCCACGAAAUUAACGUCUGAAGGGCUCAAAGCCCGUUAUCCAGAAAUUUCAUCACAGAGAAGACUGGAUUGCAUAAAGUUUGCACUCCUUGGUUUCGACGCUGGAUUCUCGAGAGGCUACCGGCUCGCACAAACGAAGAUCUCAGAGGUAUUUUCCACUGCACCUUCAGCAGCAGCUGUAGUUUCCAGGUCCUCUCUUAGUGUAACUUCGCCGGCCUUUCCGCCCGAAAUUAAGGCGGCUUGCAGCCCGUUGACCCCCAUAAGCGUAACUUCGCCGACCAGACUCGAGGGGCCCGGGAAUAGCUUUUUCCCUCAGCCGCAUCGGGACGGUAAAGAGCCCAUCCGAAACGAGGCGUCCAACUUUGUGGUACCUAGUGUUCCUCGGAGCAAUGCGGAAUCUACUACCAUAAAAAUCGAGGAUUUAAGGCCUACCCCUCGAGCCGUCGCCACGGACACCGAGCCUGUCGCGGAAGUAUACCGAUGUACUACCCAAAAAUGCAACAAGACCUUUACAAAAAAAUCUGAAUGGAAGUAUGUACUCCUAGCCAAUUAG